GAUGGGUUGUUCUUGCUCAGUCUGCUCGAGUCUUGUGAUGGUGAACUAAGCUCUCGUUGUCAGUUCGGGGGAUUUGACUGGUUCUCCUGAGUUGAAUCAAGGGACUGGAUGGUCAAGAGGAUCAAGAGGUAAACUGGCAAAUUAAAGAACAUUUUGUAGACAUCACACCACAGCGCACUUAUGAAGGUGUUGGGUGGCCACGUUGUGACAAAAUCCCAGGCUGAGGAUAGCAUGGAGCUCAUCAUCACGCCACCGCCCACGCCAGCUGUUCAUGAGAACUCGGGGCCUCCCCUACCUCAGCUGGCAUUUGAGAGCAAUUUGUUUAACCCCUCCCACGCAGGGAUAGAAAACAUAAACAAAAACCGCUGGAGGAGACUUUUUCGGCGAGUUCAGAAAAAAAACAUGGUUUCUGACUGUGCUCCUGAUUCACCUCAAAAGAAGCUGCUCUUUGCAAGAGCUCUGUCGGAUGUUUGUGGAAAAGAUGGAAGUCCUCCCAAACCAAUAAUGGACAUUCUCUUAAUGCUGUGGAGAAAAGGUCCACUCGCUAUUGGAGUUUUCAGGAAGACUGGCAAUGCCAAACGUCUGAGGGAGAUCAAAGAACAACUCAACAGUGGAACAGAAGUGGACUUGCAGAAUGAAUAUGUGAUUUUACUGGCUGAUCUUCUCAAGGACUUCCUGAGACACCUGCCAGGCUGUUUACUGAUGAUGGAUCAGACUGAAGCCUGGUUGAAGGCAAUGGAAGAGCAAGAUGACAACGACAGAUGUACCGCACUCCAACUGGUGAUUAAGAAGCUUCCAGGGCCCAACGUACAACUUCUGAAACAUGUGAUUGCUGUGCUGUACUACAUUAGUCUCCAAAACGAAAUAAACCUGAUGCAUUCCCACAAUUUAGCUGUUUGUGUUUCUCCCAACUUACUUCAAGCUGACACUAUGGAGACAAUGGAAAAAGUCACAAACCUCACUCAGUUCCUCAUUGAAAACUGUUGUGAAAUAUUCGGUGAAGAUGUACUGACACUUCUCGGUGGCUUGGAUGAAGAAGAACUUAGUGAUACCCAAGACUCACUCCAUCAUGAUUCUGCCUAUGAUAGUAAUGACCCUGAUGCAGAUGGUCACAAAGGGAGCUACACAGACAUGAGUGCCACCCAUUCUGAUUCUGAAGAGAAAGUUCCCAUUCACCUUCAAGCUUCCUCCUGCCCUGGGGCUGCCGGAAGACAUUCUACUAAACCAUUCAUCCGAAGGCGAUCAGAACCAACGAUUGGCUUUAACAAGGAUGCUCAAAAGCUCAGCGUCUUGAGUAGGAGUCAAACGGAGAUGGACUUUUAUGAACAGCAUUUAACAAAGCAAAUAUCAGACGAGUGUAUUCUGUUUAGAACAGGGAGCAGGCAGAAAACCAAUGCCUUGGCUUCUGGUGAACCUCAUCUUCAGAGUACCCCUAAAGACUCUUGCUCCUCCCUGGACAGCACUUUUUCCAGUGCCUCUGAGAGCUCAGUCAAUGCCAGCUCCCCAGUCGUCUCAUCCGCAACCCAGCGGCGAGCUCUUCAACGCAAACAGUCCUUCCCUACCCGCCUAACUUCACGUGGAGGAGAUGUGUUCAGUGAGACGCCCAAAAAACGCUCCCAGUCGAUGAAGGUCUCAUGCUCUCGAACCAAGCUGACCUUUGCUCAAGGCAGACGAGUCGAGAAGGUUUUGCGCCACAGCCAGACCCUGCCUGAGGUGUUCCCUCUUGACAGGGACUUAUUUGCAUCACAAAGGCAACGGCGUUUGUCAAGCAAGGAAGUGUUCCAUAAGGUGGACAGCAAGAUUCCGAGUAUGCCGCCAUCCUACGAGCAGGCCGUGCAGGACAACGCCCACACUCCGCUCCCGCAUCGCAGCUCAUUGACUGUUGAAGCUGCCAGGUGUCUGUCAAAGAGCACAUGCUGUCAGUCCACAUUCCCCACUGCAGAAACUUCAAAUUCCUGCUCUGAGAAAGAUGGCAGUGAAGUCCAGAGCUGCGAGAGUGGAGAGAACAGUCUUAUUAUUUCGGACACAUCUGCAACCUGUGCAAAGACAAGGCAAAGGUCCAUAUCUGAGACCAUGAUUGAAGAAGCAUCUAACGGCAGAAUGUCAAAUUGUUGUGGUCGGCAGAUGCUAGAGACACUGAAUGUCAGAGAGUCGUAUGUGUGACUUAUGUUAAGUUUUUCUUUUUCUAUGUGUAAAUGUUUAUGUUGAGAUUUUUUUUUUUUGCCACAGGUGUGUCUUAUUUUUCAGACAAAAAUGCUUUAGAUAAUAAAGCAGUCAUUAGCACUGAACUAACUCUGAAUGUUAGAAUGAAUUUGAAUGUGAUCAGAGCAGCUUCUAAGAAGUUUGUUUAGUACAAAGUUGGUUCAAUUGAAAGUAUCUGAACUUCAGAUGUGUAUCUUAUUGUUUUGUUCUAUGUUCAGCAUUUUUAUAGAAAAAUAUAUUAAGGUUGAGACAGAGAGGUCUGAGGUUUGAUCAGUGACCUCAUAAAGCAACAGAACAUGUCACUGAAACAUAGCACUUUGAUAGAAGAAAGCUACCACUACAAAGCAUGAAAGGAAUGGAGAACUGAUGUCACAGUACGCAAAAGGAGAAACCGCAUACCAUUCUGUGACCUGCAAUAAUUAACAAAAAGGAAAAAAAUAAUGGCAGGCCGUAUUUGCCUCUACCACGCCCUGCUGAGAGUCAUGAGGGUGGAUUUCCGAAACUGCUGUUGGACACACCAAAUGUAUGAUGAUGUAGUGUCUAUUGUUGACAGGAUACACACCUAGACCCUGCUCAUGGUGUAAAUAUGUCAUAUAUCAGGAAUAAAACUUGCUAUAUAUAUAUAUAUAUAUAUAUAUAUAUAUAUAUAUAUAUAUAUAUAUAUAUAUAUAUAUAUAUUAAACGCACACACAUAUAUUAAAACAGUACUUCGGUUUUGGUCUGUUCGAACACUUUCCACCACUUCAUAAGCCUACUUCCCUACUUCAAAUCAUGUCACUUGUAUAGUUUGAAGCAUCAUUUAUAAAGUAUGUAGCCUAAUACAGUAGAAAAAAACAAUGUGAAAAUGUAGGUGUAUAUAUGUGUACAUUUUUGUUUAUUUUUCUUGGUCAUGUAAAUACUGCUAAAAAUGCGUCAUGUACAUGGGAAAGUGAGUGGUGUGAUACUGAAUAAAGCACUGCUAUCUGUA